AUGAAACCAAAGACCCGACCGUGCGAAGAGCUCCAAGCUACUUCGCGAUGUCCUGCAAAAGGCUUAUCUGACGAACGCGUUGCGGGAGAGAGGGCAUUGGAGUUGGGCAUACCUUUGGAUGCGCGCAUUCGCUCGACACCGCGCGAGCAGAAACAUCAUUUUCCACUGGGGCCGGACUACAUAACGUACUGCUUUUUGUUUGCUCACACAUUCAAGUGGAAGUUCUACCUUGUCGUUGCAGGGGAGUUAUGGGAGUGUAGCGGGUCUCAAAAGGUUGUCGUGUCGCCGGCUGUUGAGAGGGCGGCAGCUGCAGACACACAGUCACUACUGCUAUCCGCUGGUGCUGCGGAGGAGCUUCCGGCGUAUGACGGAACGCGUGGACCAGUGCCGGCUUACGAGAAUAUCUUUAGUAAUAGAGAUAGUUCGACCUCAGGAUACGAGGAGUCAUAG